AUGAUAGCAUCAGAAGUUUUCGAUUAUGACGAGAAUAAUUUAAAUCGCAACCAUGAAACUGCCCAUAAAAACUCUUAUGAGUCAGAUUUGGAUAAAGAACAUGAAUCUGAGUCUGAGGAAGACCCCGAGUUAAGCUACUACCAGUCCCUGUUGAAAGGAAAUGAGUUUUACUUGGAUGAGAAUGUUGGACUCGAUCCUAUAAAGGCAACCUGUAUUACUUCUAACCAGUCAGGAACUUUUUUGGUAACAGGAUCAGUUGAUGGUACAGUGAGAUGUAUUAACUUCGAUAAGUGGGCAAAGGGAGGUUUUGGAGACUUUUGGAAAAAUAAACUUGAACAGUCAGUGAAUGGACUUUGCUUUAAUACUGAGGAGUCAGUUUUGGCGGUGGCCUCUGGUAACAUGUUGCACUUUUAUACCGACGGAGGAGAUUUGAUAGUUUCAACCACGAAGGGUGAUAUGUAUCUUCUGGACGCAAAGAAAACCAAAGGUCACACCGCAGCUGUUACAUGUGUAGCAAAUGACCCUAAGAAUUCUAAUUUGUUCGCCUCAGGAUCACUCGACGGAACAGUAAGGGUGUUUGACAUUCAGUCAAACAGGCAGAGUAUAUCACUCUCCGUUAAUAAUUUAAAUAUAUAUACCUUGUCGAAUAAGUAUUUAAGUAGGAAUAAGACACCAAAUAACGCUCAUUUGGGUCAGAAGGCGAAGAUGAAUAGGGUUGGGAUAAGCUCCUUGUGUUACUCGUCAAACAAUUUCAAAGAUGUUCUUGUAGCAGGUAACGACCUUGGCUUUCUAGUGGUUUGGGAUCAGAAAACUGCUUUCCAGAGCAUGUACAUUGAGUCCCAUGAUUCAUCAGUUCACUCAGUUCUAUCAUACGAUGAUGGGAAGGUUGUAUCGCAGUCAAACGGCUGUAUUAAGUUUUGGGACUUAAAAAACACACAAAAACCGCUAAAGGAACUCAAUUUACCCCAGCCAAAUGACAUAAACGAAACUCAAACGAUUGUACUUUCUCCUGAUAAUUUACACCUGAUAAUGUCAUCUUCAAACACCCAGAAUAACAAGAUGACAGAAUUACACGUGUUUGACAUUGAAAAGAUGGAAAUAGUAAAUAAACUUACUGUAGAUUCGUUGUUAGGGCCUAUGGUUUGGGCAUACGAGACUAAUCAGUUGUUUAGUGUGUGUUCUGAUGGAAAGAUAUACACAAGAUCAACGGAAUCUAAUGUGGGAGCUAACCACUAUGAUAGGGCAUUAAGAGCACUGGAGAAGAAGAAUAAGUACUCUAAGGUUAACACAUUUUCAGCUAAACCAGAGUCUUAUCCCAUAGAUUAUCUUCCAGAUGACCUUGUUGAAGUUGAGGACGGAGUUCUAAAGAAGCGUCGAGUGGAACACCAUGACAAGUACGGAAUACCUAAGCAGGAAGGGUACGAUUACUUUAAGCAUGGGAAAACACCGAUUACCUACGAGGACGAUGAUAUCGUAACAAAGCUUAGGUCCCAGGUUGAAAAGGACCCUAAUAAGGAACUGACAACAAAGGAAGGCAUAAGGCAGAUACCUUACAAGGCUGACAGGUUCAUGUCAAUAUACAAAAAGACUCAACCUAACCUGAUUCUCGACUUCAACAAGCCGGCCACGAAACAAGAAAACAUGCUUCUUGGAGUCAGUAAAUGCCCUAGGUGUGGCAUUAAAAUAUGCCAAUGUGGAUAUAUGGAUAAAAGGUAA